UUCUCAAAAACAACAAACAAAUAGCCAAAUGCUAAGGGCCACAGCAGAGCCUUUGCGCUGCUACUCAACUCACAUUCCAAAUCCCCAGUCUCCUUUGUGUAAUGUAAAUCAAGGUUAAUUUUUCACACAGACAAAAAACACACGCAGAAAAUCAACUUGCAAGAUGGAAGCGCGCGCACCUCGCGAUGGUCAGGCGAAGGCACAUGCCAUGGGCAUGGAAAUCUCAAAGGAAUGCGCUGAAAUGGAAGACUUUGUGAGAAGAAUCGGCCACGCAAUGCAAGAUACAAGCACAUUAAUAGAGAAAAGUCCAAGGCCGAUGCAGGAGCAGGCCAACAAAGAAGCUCUCUCCCAGCAGAUGGAAGCAAAGGACAGUGUAAGCAACCCCCCCGCAGAAACCGACGAACCCAAUAAAACAGAACCCAGCACAAUGAUCGAGAGCGAAGAGGCAGCCGAAGAGCGAUUUAAGGGAACAUUGAGCGAACAAUCAUUGAGGGCCGAAGAGAAGGCAAAACUAAAAGAGAAAGAGGCCAAAGAGCAGGGAAAAAAAGAGAGUGCCAUGGCCAAGGAGGAAAGAAAACUAAAAGAGAAGCAAACCAAAGAGGAGAGGCAAAGAGCGCAGCUAAACGUUUUAAUGGAAGAGGCGAGAAGAGGAAACGAAUCCAGUCUCAAGAGCCCCAGGACAGAGAUCAAAGACAGCGAAAUCACAACUGAGCCCAAGGUGCAGGCAGCCAAUGCACAGGACACGAUUAAAGCGCCAAACUGGAUAUCGAAAUAUCUGAAAAAGCCGAAAAAGGCCAAGGCAGCCAAGUGGAAAGUGGACAGUGUCAAAAUGAAAGAGGAUGUGCAACAAUUUCUAAGCGGAAUCGAGGCGCUGGACACGAAGCAACGCGAGGAAGACAGGCAGGAAGCCGAGGAGGCGCUUGAAAUUGUCUUGAAUGAUGACAAUAUGACGUCCUGGAGAGCCUUAUUGAGGGAUUUGAGCCAAACGUCCACAUUCUCGGUGGCCAGCGCAAGUCUCAGCUCAUCCCAACUCUCCUCGGAGCCCAGAACGGUGGUGCACGCCAUUCUCCGUCGCUCGGCCAAAAUGGAGUACAAGAAUCAGCUGCAAGUCCUCAAGGAGACCUACAACUAUCGUAAACUGCUGCUGCAGAAGCUCAAGCAGGACAUGAAGUCCAGCCACAAGAGCGAGACCGAAGAGCUCCGCAAGGCGUACAAAGAGAUGAGACCUCCAAAGCUCUGUAAAUUCUUUAAGCUGAACCCCCGACAAAGCUAAGGCUGAAGAUCGUAGAACUUAUGGAAGAUCCUAGCCACAAACCUGAAUAACUUUCAUUUCAGAUCUUGACCGAACAAUGGGAAUUGGCCCGACUUACCCUCGUUUAAAAUGCGCAUUUCAUUUUGCACUUGCCACUUGCCACAAAACUCAGCUUGCAUCUCAUUAGGAGUGCUGCAACCCACUUUCGUUGUAACGAAACAACCGGACUACCGUCGGUCCCCGGUGGUAUGCAAAAGCUUUGUCCGCUGCCACUUUUGUUUUUGCACGUUGAAAAGAAAAAAAAACAAUAAAAAUAUCCCAUAGACAAUGAA